UUACAAUAACAGUCGCCGUGCCGACUUUGCAGACCGAGCAGAGUUUUCCGCUUCAUCUUGAAGGUUUGGCGGAGGAUGCGGUAAUGAGAGUCGGAUGCCAGAAGUUGUUUGACCUGUAGUCCGAGUUUUCCUCCAACUGCUCCUCACAACCACACCGACCUGAAAGUCCAGUUGGGCUGCGACAGGCCAGUGCUGCACAUGGCUCAGGAGGAGAAUAAGCGCCUGGUGGUGGUGGUCCCUAAUGAGAUGUCCAUUCCAUCACGCCGUGCCUUCACCAGUGAAGAUGAGGCCUGGAAGUCUUACCUGGAGAAUCCACUGACCGCUGCCACUAAGGCCAUGAUGAGCAUCAAUGGAGAUGAGGACAGUGUGGCUGCGCUGGGACUCCUUUAUGACUACUAUAAGGUGCCUAAAGAGAAAAGGCUCCUACCAGUUCCCAAACUUCCAGAAGAUCACGAUAAGAGGUCAGUUCAACGGAUUGGUCAGGAUGACCUUGAGCCCCCAGACUGUCGUACUCAAAUCCUGAAGUCGCUUCCGGUCAACCUGUCCCUGAACACUGACUCUCACGGUGCAGAAAGCAAACAAGACCUGUUCGGUUCAGCGGUCGAGGGAGGUGUUGUGGCCACAGUCAAGGCUGAGGUUUAUGCUCAGGCAUUCACCGGCCAUCACCAACAGCAUGGGCUUCAGUAUCAACGCAUGUCCUACCACCAGACUUUGCAGGAGGCGGCGAGUGUCAGCCAUGAUGGCUACAUGAAGGAUGACCAGUGCAGUACACCAGAUAGCACCUUUGAGGACUCCUACCCUGAGGAGACUAUGAAAUAUAGGGUGCCCACCACACUAGGGGCCCAAGAUUUCAGCCAGGAGCAUUCAGGCUUAGAUAUGUUCCAGUACACAAUCGAAGCCAGUCGCUCGGUCCGUGAGAAGGCCGGCGAGGGGCCGAUGAUCUAUCUGAACAAGGGCCAGUUUUAUGGCAUCACUCUCAGCGAGACCGGGGCUAAUAAGGGCCUCCGUCAUCCCAUCAGUAAAGUGCGGAGCGUAGUGAUGGUGGUGUUUGGACAGGAUAAGUGUCGAGAUGAACAGUUGAAGCACUGGAACUAUUGGCACAACCGCCAGCACACGGCCAAGCAAAGAGUCCUUGACAUAGCCGACUAUAAAGAGAGCUUCAACACCAUCGGGAACAUUGAAGAAAUCGCUUACAAUGCUGUUUCUUUCACCUGGGAUGUCAAUGAGGAGGCAAAGGUUUUCAUUACGGCAAACUGUCUGAGCACGGAUUUCUCCUCGCAGAAGGGGGUCAAAGGUCUUCCGCUUAUGAUCCAGAUCGACACCUACAGUUAUAAUAAUCGAAGUAACAGACCCAUCCAUAGAGCCUGCGCCCAAAUCAAAGUCUUCUGUGACAAGGGGGCUGAGCGAAAAAUACGCGAUGAGGAGAAAAAGCAGCUCCGUAAGAAGGUCAAAGGUCAAACUGUUGGUGGCCAUGAUGGUAAGAGAGGAAGUUUCACAGCGUUACCUCAGAAGAAGUCAGAUAUUACGUUUUUCAAAACCAUGUCGGACCUGGAGUCUCAGCCGGUCCUCUUCAUCCCCGAUGUUCAUUUGAACAACCUCCAGAGAUCCGGUCAGGUGUUCAGUUUUGGUGUUGAAGAAAUGGAGGGUGACGGGUCAGCGUGUCUGCAGGUGGGAGCGAAAAGGUCGUAUAGAUCUUCAGAGGAUGACAAUUGUUCUCCACCUGCCAAAUUCACCAGAGAUGAAAAGAGAGUCCUGCUGUACGUGAGGAGAGAGGCUGAUGAGGUUUUCGAUGCACUAAUGCUCAAGUCUCCAACACUGAAGAGUUUGCUUGAGGCAAUAUCGGGUAAAUAUUCGGUUCCUGUGGAAAAGAUGACUAAAAUCUACAAGAAGAGCCGAAAAGGUAUCCUAGUCAACAUGGAUGACAACAUAAUUGCGCACUAUUGCAACGAGGACACGUUUAUCUUGGCCAUUGAAAACCACGCUGAGUGUUUCCGGGUCACUCUCACUGAAAUAUAAAUAUCAUUGCUCUUCACGUUGUUCUACUGGGAUGAAAUGGGACCCUUUAAGCAUCACAUCACUCAUUCUGCAUAUCAGUGACUCUGCGUAUGAUCUCUGUAUUCAUGGAAAGAAAAAAUGCCUUUGGAAUAUAUUUACUUGGGAUAUGCACUUCGAUGGACAUGUUGGUACAAUCUGAACUAUAUAUAAAACAAAGCACUAUAACAUGCCAGUCAAUUUUCAUUUUAUGCUUAUCAUAUGCUGUCUCCCCCUUGUGGCCAACAAGAUGAAGAUUUAUAGAGUGUAAAUUACUUUAACAUUGCUCAGUUGCCCAAAGAUCGUAAGAUCACACUCUUUCUUUGCAAAGUUGUCAAUUAUAACCGAAUGUUAUAGUAUACAUUUAAAACUGGCUCAAAUGUAGCUGAAAGUUCAUGACACAGGCAUACCAAUUUUUACCUGACGUGUUAUAAGAAAUGCAUGUAUAGUUUACAUUCAGUAUGUUUUUUAUUGUGUUGUGUGUUAAUGUUUUGAUGUCUUUUUAAAAACAUCAUUUGUAAAUAUUUUUUAUGCCUUUGUUUUACCUGCUAAAUAAACUCACAAGUAUCAUCA